CCAUGCUAUCUAUAAAACGAAAGUAUGUUUAACUAAGCAUUUGCAAAACAGUUUAAACGAAAUUUAAAAUUCUUUGUUGCAAUUUAAUGUCUAAAUUAUAGCCGACAGGACUAACAUAUUGUGAAUUGAAAUUAAAUAAGCAGAAUUAGUAAAUCAUCAUUUUUUUCACCGAUUUCAAAUUAAGAGUCGUCAUGGGCACCGUUUUAAGCUUUAAUCCACGGGAUAGACACCCGAUCUACUCUUCGCAGCCUAGUUUUCAAUAUAAUCAAUCCAAUGAAAACAUUAACGAAAGUUCAUGUUCAAUUGAUGCGCAUUUAAAUAAUUUCUCAUACGAGCAACUUAAUAACGCUAAAAAUCGAGAAAACAAAAAAUCAGUUUGUCAACAACUUUCAAAGAACGGGAUCGGCCAACAAACUGCUUGCGGAAGCGUCCACAUAAAUUUGCAAACACAGCCGCAGUUAAGCUCGCACAACUUUAACAAUUUAACAAAUACGUCUAAAGAUACAAUUACAAAUGAUUUGGAUACUCAUCUUGACAACUCAAUUUUUAAUUCCGAGAAAAAUUCAAUUGAAAAAAAUUUAAAGAAACAUUCGAUUUUUAUUAAUGCUCUGUCUUGGAAAAAAUUAUCAACAUCACACAAUAAGAAAAAAAUUGAUAAUAAAAAUAAGUGCGCGAACCUACCAACUGCGUGUUUCAAAGCUCAACUUUUAGAGUCUUCAUAUACAGCAUCAUCAGAUAGAAAUAAAAAUAUUCAAUUUCACUGUAAUCGUAUUGACGGGCAUCAACAGCAGCGCAGCAACGACAUCCGGGAACCAUUUUUAUCUACAAAUAAAACACAGAACCCAUCUAAGAAAAAGGACUUGGUCAGAGUUAAUAACACAAACUCUUUAUCAAACAAGCUGAUUCAAAAACAACCAUUGGCGCUGACCUUACCACAGCAGUUGCAGUCUUCCUCAAUACAAAUUAAAAACACCAAUCAGAUCCCACGAAAAACCGUUAUUCAGGCUUCGACUUCAGAAUUAUUAAAAUGUUUGGGAAUCUUCUUGCAAUAUAAAUGCCAAAGACUAAAUAACUUUGAUGCAGGCGAUGUUGUUAUGUGGCUACGUGCUGUUGAUCGGAGUCUGUUGCUACAAGGGUGGCAGGAUGUUGCAUUUAUUAAUCCUGCAAACGUUGUAUUUGUGUAUAUGCUAGUUCGAGAACUGGUCGAUGGAGAAGAAACUAAGGAAUCUGAUCUUCAAGCUUCAGUACUUACAUGUCUAUAUCUUUCAUACUCAUAUAUGGGUAAUGAAAUUAGUUAUCCUCUAAAACCAUUUCUUGUUGAGGACUCAAAGGAAAAGUUUUGGGACAGGUGUCUUUUAAUAGUAAACCUUUUAAGCAACAAGAUGUUAAAAAUUAAUGCAGAACCAGCUUUCUUCACGGAAGUAUUUACGGAACUUAAAUCCUGCGGCCAAUUUCAUUCUUCUUCAUUAAGAAAAUCUUCGUGUGGUGGUGCCUGACGGAAGAAUGAUCGGGAGAUCAUAGUUAGACUGUCGCUAUCUGCGCAUCAGCAGAUAUUUUUGGAAAAAUGAUAUAAAAAUAGUUAUAAUAAAAGUAAAUAUUUUAUAAAUCAUUAGACAAUUUCAUUAUGUCACCAUCACAAUCGUUUAAAUAAACAAUGAAUACUGUUCAACUUUA